GUGUGACUCCGCCGCUGCUGUAGAAGAAGCGCUGUAGUCUGUCCUGUGGCUGGACCAAGAUGGCUGCCGUCAUGAGGAUUGUCAACAGAAGCAGCUUCACUUCGGCUAUGGGCCACCAGUACCUGGCGUUUAGCGCUGCAGCGAACGUCCGAGCAUCUGCUGUCGGAGCAGGUCAAACACUUCCAGAGAGGGUAAAAAUAGUGGAGGUGGGCCCCAGGGAUGGUCUUCAGAACGAGAAGACUCUAGUGCCCACAGAGACCAAAAUCCAGCUGAUUGACCUGUUGUCCGAGUCAGGACUGCCGGUCAUCGAGGCCACCAGUUUUGUUUCUCCAAAAUGGGUCCCACAGAUGGCGGACCAGGUGGAGGUGAUGAAGGGGAUUUGUAGAAAACCCGGAGUCACUUACCCCGUCCUUACACCCAACCUCAAAGGUUUCCAGGCUGCUUUGACAGCAGGAGCUAAAGAGGUCGCCAUCUUUGGUGCAGCGUCUGAGCUUUUCAGCAAGAAGAACAUAAACUGCUCUGUGGACGAGAGUUUGCUGCGUUUUGAGGAGGUGAUGGAAGCAGCUAGAGAGGCUUGUGUGCCUGUCAGAGGAUAUGUGUCCUGCGUUCUUGGAUGCCCGUACGAAGGCAAGGUAGCGCCUGAAAAAGUCGCCCAUGUUGCGAAGCGUCUGUACUCCAUGGGCUGCUACGAAAUCUCCUUGGGUGACACCAUUGGAGUUGGGACUCCGGGGAGCAUGAGUCAGAUGUUGGCAGCUGUGACUCGAGAGGUGCCACUCAAUGCUCUGGCAGUGCACUGUCAUGAUACCUAUGGUCAGGCCUUGGCGAACAUUCUUGUAGCCUUACAGAUGGGGAUCAGUGUGGUAGACUCGUCUGUAGCUGGACUGGGAGGCUGUCCUUAUGCCCAGGGGGCUUCAGGGAACGUUGCCACCGAAGAUGUCGUUUACAUGUUGCACGGUCUUGGAAUUCAAACGGGGGUGGACAUGUCAAAGCUGAUGAAUGCUGGAGCUUUCAUCUGCCGAAUCCUGAACAGAAAAACCAACUCCAAAGUGGCACAGGCGUCCUGCAAACUGUAGAGCAGCCUCGUCAGCAUCCGCAGCGUCCUCCGCUCCGUGGUACUGGGAUGGUACUGACUUCCUUUUAUUUCCGUUCUAAAAACCCGAGUACUUGAUGAGAUAAUCACUACAUGAAAGCGCGCAGCUGGACCAGUGCCUUAUGAAAGGUCAGUCGGACUCUUCUGUUUAUCAUUGUUAAGAUGGUGGAAAAAAGAAAGUGAAUGGAAGUCAAACUCUGGAAGUGUUUAAACCUCUGAUCAGGUCUGACCUCGGAGUACUCAUCUGUCACUGGACCGUCUUUGAAAAGCCAUCAUAUAAUUAUCCAACUGGGGCAUUGUAUUGGUUGAUGAAAUGAUGUGAAAGUGCAGAUUUAGUUUUUACAUUCACAGGAUUUAUAGUUUAAUGUAUUUAUUUAAAAAUCACUGUAAAAUAAUUAUAUCAUGAGUUUUUAAAAUAAAAAUUACUAUAAAUUAAAGUGUUUGGCCUCAAAUGUAAAUCAUUAUAUUUUUCCCCAUUUUUUUUUUAAUGGACAGUUCCUAUUGCUGUUUUUUUU